UUGUCAUUGCGAGCGUGGGGUAGAAAUGAAUUUCCAUGCAGUGUUUAUUCCAACUUCUAGUGUGGCUCCCUGAACUACAGAGGCUGAAAAUCUGAAGACCACAUUUUUUGGCCUCCCCUGGGGUUCUGGACGCAAAACAGAUUCCACCAGUAGUUGGACCCGCAUGCGAAGGAAGCCAUCAUCUUGCAACUUUGUCCUCUCUCUGCCCUAGCUUUCUAGUUCAGCCCUAGUUUUGAGCUGAGAGGGAGUUGGAGCGGUGGCUCUCUCACCCUUGGUUGGCAGCUGGAACAGAAAGUUCUUGAAGUCAACCAUUUUAGCGGCAACUUUCUGAUUCCUGCCUUCCUGAUAUCAUGAAGGUCGCACCCCCUGGCAGGCCAGGUCUGCAGCCCUGCUCAUUUUUCUAGGAAUUAUUCCAGGAUAUCUAGCCCAAAGGCAGCCUUUCCAGCUAUGUUAUAAUUAGAUAAAUCUUUCUAUGCCUAGAAUAGCUGAUUUAUUGUUUCCCUCACAGAGCCACAACUGACAUAAGGGUUCAGGAGCAAUUUGGGGGCCAGCUUGUGCUAAAGGAGAAAAUACAUUUUAAGGGAAAAAGAUACAUUUUAUGACAAGUUGAAUGAAAAUGAUUCAGAGGCGUUGAUAUUUCCGGUUGCUUGGAAUCCAUCUGAAUUUCAGACUAAAGAGGAGAAAUAAUUCGAACAACUCUGCCAAACCUAAAACACAGCUCAGGUCCCCAAGUAUGAAUGUACCAUGGUCACAGAUCUCCUCACUUUCAUGAAGAUGUGCAAAUAUAUUAUGGCUUUAAAAUUUUCCUACAGUGGAUCUCCUUCCUCCACGAGCCUUGUCUCGAUGGGGAUUCGAGGAGUGAGGGGCAGGAAUUCAAUCUGCCUACUUGUGGACUUUUAGCCUGAUGCACGCUUUCUCAUUCUGGUAGCAGUUCAAUCUUUCCAAUUCCUCCCCUUUCUCCACAAUAUCUGGGUGCACAGGGCCAUGCAGCCCAGUUGUGGCCCGGCCCUCUGGCUCUGAUUCCGCAUGUAAAGUGGCUAGUCUGGCCUGCUGCCUCGACUAAGGACUGCUGAGGACCACCGGGCCCAUCUAGGGGUUGGGGCACCAUGCUCUCACCCACUGGUUGAAACUGUCACUCCAGUCGUUGCCCUCUCAUCACAAAUCCCCCUUCAUAGUGGCUUCUCGCUGCUUCCUCGAGGCCCCUAUAGGUCUGCCGGUCUUUAAGGGAUGCUCACAGCCCCAGCACUGGCUGUGCAGGAUUUCCAGAUCCCUGGCCUGGAUACAGCAGGCUGUGGGGCCAGGAGUCUGCGCCAGGCCCAAGAAUCCAGUCACACCCUCUGCCAGUGACCCACGCUGCCAUGUCGAUGAGGAGUCCAUGUGAAUGUGGGUGUUUCUGGCCUCCCCAAUGGAGCCCAGGCAAAUACUCCUCUGCUGUCAGCUUUCCUCUGAACACAUCUACGUACCUGUUCUCUUGGCUCCCCAUCAAUUGGGAUGGAAGGUGUGACAUUUUCACCUCUUCUCAGGGAAUUUCUCUGCGUCAUAAUCUACUCCCUUCCAAAUAGUCAAAUCGAACACCUGACGGUCAGGCAGGACUUUGCAGAGGAGGGUAACGUGAUUAGGAGGAAACACUUAGAUGGUUAGAGCGGGUGAGUCAGAAAGGAACAGCUGGAGCUGGAGAGUCCUAGAGGAAGGUUGUAGGAAAGGUGGUUUCGAGUUACCAUGCUGGGCAGGGAUUUGGCAAACGGCACAGUUCAGCGUAGCGUUCAGGGAGCAGGCUUGGAACCCGCCCAUCUCCCGGCUUCGUGACCUUGAGCAAGUUACAUAACUUCUCCAGGGCUCAAUAUUCUUGUUUGUAAGGCGGGGAUCAUAAUGGUACUUACCUCAGUGGUUUGUUGUGUUAUAGGAAAUAAUGCCUAUGAAUGCACAUCAGGCACCGGGCACAGCCUAACACACGGCACGGCCACCAUAACCAAGGCUGUCACGAGACUCUCGAAUACUACUGCUCUGAGUACAAAGAGGGAAAGCCAGCCGUGAGUACCACCCGAAUGCAAGUCGUUACUCAUAUUAUGAUGUCAGGCAGGAGAGGCUGGAGAAAGUUGGAGGGUACAGCCUCGUCUCCACUCUGAGGCACGUGUGAAGUCUGAGUGGAUAUGGACAAGGAACAGGAAGUGGAAAGUGAUAGAGCUGCAACCCCAGAAGAUCCGAACAUGAGUCCAGAGAAACAAGAAGCCGAUCAAGGUGACGCUAAUGAAAGUCCAUUAUUACAGGGCCUGUCCAGCCACGUGACUCCCCUGGUCCCAGAAUUCUUGGACACAGCACACAUCCAGGAGAAGGCCUCGGCUUCGGAGGCCGACAACAUACAACACAUGCCUGCAAAGCAAUCCAAAGGUCCACAGCUCAAGGUCAUAUUCCCACCGGCACAGGGCGGUAACAUCUUCAAUUUCUCAGCAAUGACCAUGCAACCCAAGCAGGCUGGCACCCCCAGUUUUUCAGCAAAAAUCAUCCCUCGCGAGCAGGGCAGUAUCCCCAAUUCUUUAGCAAAAAUGAUCCUGCCCAGGCAGGCUGAUACCCCCAAUUCUCCAGAAAAAAUUAUCCCGCUCAAGCAAGCUGGCAUCUCCAAUCCCUUAGCAAAACCCAUUCCACCCAAACAGGCUAACAUCCCAAGUUUCUCAGCAAAAUCCAUCUCACCCAAGCAGGUUGACACCCCCAGGUUUUCAGCAAAAAUCAUCCAACCCAAGCAUGGCAGUAUCCCCAAUUCUUCAGCGAAAAUGAUCCUGCCCCAGCAUGGCAAUGCCCUCAAUUUCCCAACCAAAAUCACCCCACCCAAACAGGCUGAUACCCCCAAUUUCCCAGCAAAAAGCAUCCCACCCAAGCAGACUGACACCCCAAAUUUUUCAGGAAAAGUCAUUCUACCCAAGGAGAGUGAUACCCCCAAUCCCUCAGAAGAAAGGAUCCCACCCAAGCAGGCUGAUAGCUCCAAUUCUUCAGAAAAAAUUAUUGCACCCAAGCACGGUGACACCCCCAGUUCCUCAGAAAAAACCACCCUGCUGCAGGAGGAUGGAAUGUCUACUUCCUUAGAAAAAAACAUCCCACCCAAGCAGGAUAACAUCCCCAUGUCCCCGGCCAAAACCAUCCUGCCUAAGCAGGGCAAGAGUCCCAAGUUCUUAGCAAAAUCCAUUCUGCCCAAACAGGCCAACACCCCUAAGUUCUCAGCAAAACCUUUCCUGUCUAAACAGAUCAACAGCCCCAAGCUAUUAGUGAAAUCUACCCUGUCCAAACACAUCCCCACCCCCAAGUCCUCAGAAGAAAACAUCCUGCCCAGAGAGGGUGACACCAAGUACUCAGAAGACAGCAUCCAGACUAAAGAAGGUGAUAUCCCCAAGUCCUCAAAAGAAGCCAUCCCGCCCAUAGAAGGAGACGUCCUGAAGGCAUCAGGGUCAAUGGAGCUUCUGGAGGUGGACUUGGUGAAGAUGAUCCUAAGCAAGGAGGACUUCGAGUUGGCUCUCAAGGAGGCUGGGGAGAGGCUGGUGGCCGUGGACUUCUCAGCCACGUGGUGUGGGCCUUGCAGGACCAUCAAGCCCCUUUUCCAUUCCUUGUCGGUCAAGUACGAGGACGUGGUGUUCCUGGAGGUGGAUGCUGAUGAGUGUGAUGAGCUGGUGAAGGACCUUGAGAUCAUGUGCAUCCCAACCUUUCAGUUUUAUAAGAAAGAAGAAAAGGUGGGCGAAUUUUGCGGCGCCGUUACAGAAAAACUCGAAGCGAUCAUUGCAGAGUUAAAGUAAUUGUGGAUUCUGAAAGCAUUGUAGACAGUCGGCUCGUGAUAGUUUGUGAUUGCUUUUUUAUUUACCAAAAAAGGUGAGGCGUAACAAAAGUGUAUGUCUGAAUGGCCCCCUGCUCAUAAAUUAUUAAGUAUUAACUCCACCUUUUCGAAAAGUGGUAAAGCACUGAAGCCUA